AUGCGUUUACAAAUAAUUCGUGCUGGUAUUGAUUAUGGUGAUACUAAUCAACAUGAAACAAAUACAAAUAAUAAUAACAAUAUGUCUGAAGUUUUUAAAAAAAUUGAACGUGAUAUUGAGAAUUUAUUUGGUGCUAUUGAAAAUCUUCAAACAACAGCUAAUGGUAUUCGUCAAGAUUUUAAAUCAGCUCUUGAUAAAUAUAAUAAAUAUCAACAAGAAAAACUCUUAUCAAAUAAAACAAAUACAUCUAUAACACAACCAUUAAUAUCAAAUAUAAAUCGAUUACAAAAUAAUAUUAAUUCACAAGAAAAAAAUUUAUCAUCAACAAAAAUUCAAAAUGGUAAUAUUGAACAACGACCAAUACGUUAUCCAGCUGAAGAUAUUCGAUUUAAAAAUAAACCACAACAAGAAAAUAUUGUACCUAUUCCUGUUACACCACAACAAAUUCCAUUAGUUUCAAAUGUUUAUCAAGAUGAUGAUGAAGAUGAUGAUGAUGCAUUAACUGAACAGAAUAAUAGUAGUACAGCAAUUAGUCAAUCUUUACCAAUAAUCGAUAUUGAAACAUUAUUAUUAAAUGUUGGUGAAGAUUUUCAAGCACUUGUUUCAAUAGCUGUUAAUCCAUCAUAUUUCUUUGUUCAAAAUACUUUAUAUACACAUGAUCUUGAAAAACUUGCUCAAAGCAUGAAUGAUUAUUAUUCAACAACUGAUCCACCAUCAAUACCUUAUAAACCAAUGGAAAUGAGUUGUUGUGCAGCUCGUUAUUCAGUUGAUAAUCGAUGGUAUCGUGCUCGAAUAAAACGAUAUAGUUCUGAAACAACUGUUGAACUUGUUUAUCUUGACUAUGGCAAUAAUGAAGAACGUAAUAUUAAUGAAUUACGUCCACUUGAUCCAGCUUUUUCUCGUUUACCUGCUCAAGCUAUUUGUGCAGCACUUGAGUUAUUACCAAUCAAUGGUGAUAAUAAUAGUUCAUGGACAAAAAAAGCUAGUUUUAAAUUUCAUGAAGAUACAUUAACUAAACCACUUGAUGUACGUAUUAUUGCACAACCAACUUUACAAUGGCCAAUGUAUUUUGUACAACUUACAAUUGAUGAACAUACUGAUGUUGCUGAAACAUUAAUAUCAUUACGUCAUGGUCGACGAGCAUCACUUGCUGAAAUCGUACAAAUUGUUGGUCCUCGUCUUGAUCUUAAUGAUUUUGCUGCUUAUAAUUUACCAAAAGAAAUUCUACAACAAGCAACACAUCUCAUACUUUCUCAAAGACAAUCACAUAAUGUUUCAAAUAUGUCGAAUGUUAUGAAACAAGAUGGUGGAAUGCAGGGUAAAAUUUCAUCAAAUUUAUCCGGUAGAAUUUCUCGUUCAAGUAAUCUUCCAUUGAUUAGUUUAAAUUUAAAUGAACAUAUUGGUUCAUGUACAAUAACAUCAAUAACAUCACCAUCACAUUUUUUUAUACAAUUAACAGAAAAAAAUAAUUUCGAACAAAUUUAUAAUAGUGUUAAUGGAACAUAUCUCGAACGUAUAUCAUGUGAUCGUAUGACACGUUUAAAAACAUUUUCAUUAAAUACAUUAGGUGUUGCAAGAAAUAAUCGUGAUCAACGUUUUUAUCGUGUACAAAUUAUAAAUUAUGAUCGUGAACGUAAAACAUUACUUGUACUUUGUUUUGAUUUUGGUGAAUAUAUAACAAUACAAGAAUCAUCAUUAUAUGAACUUAUACCUGAAUAUCAAAUAUAUCCACCACAAUUUAUUAAAUGUUCAUUAGGUUUAAUACAUUCAAUUAAUGAAGAUUGGUCACGUGAAGCUAUUAAUUUAAUGAAUCGUUUUAUUGGUGGAAAAGGUUUUAAAACAUUUCGGUUUUAUUCAUUAAAUACAUCAAUACAAACAAUCAAACUUGGUGAUCCACUAUUACCUAUUAUAUUAUGUGAUAUGAAUAUAUCAAUUAAUUCAAUAAAUGAACAAUUAGUUGAAAGAAAACUUACAAUACCUGAUUCAAAUUAUAUGGAAUAUAUACGUAUUGCUAAUGAUGCAAUGAAUGAUUUAAAUGGUUAUAAAAAUCAACAAAUCCAAUUGAUGUUCGAUAUGAACAACCACAAAAAAACCGAUCAAUAA